GAUUGCCUACAGUGUUUUACGGCUAUAGUUUUCUGUCGUGAAAAAUGAGUUUCUUUAGCUCUCUUGUGGCUAAUGUAACCAGUGGAGUUGCAAAUUUGGGAUUAAGCUCGCGUCGAUUCUCCCUUUCACGUCAAGAUUCUGGUGAGACAAAUGUUCAGGAUGCAAACACGAAAACUUUAACCACUCCAUCAAUAACCAUCAAUUCGAGCAGCAAUUUGUCAACACAGCAUGGAUUUCCCAAAGUGGUUCCGUCACCGUCAGCAUCUGCACCAUUGUCUGGAUCAUUAAGACGUGCUUCAUCAAGGGGCAUGGAAAGUAUGAUUCCACCUAGACAAGGAUCAUUUCGGCAAAGCCGCUCUCCUGUUCAACAAGCACCAUUAGAUAGACCCCCUCUGGCAUUCUGUAAGCGAAGACUAUCAUGGCCUGAAAUAAAUGCGUCAUCAACAUCCGGUGUCCAAGAAAGCGACGGAUCAUUUUUUGAAAGCUUUACAGCACUGUCAUGGAAACGUGAAAAUCGAAGAAUGUCAUCCAUUCGUGCAGCAGAAACACGUGCUGAAGCAAUGCCAGUGGAUGAGAAAGAAACAAUUAAAGAGGACGAGAUUGAAACGGUUAAUGAACGAGAGCAAUUGUAUAUGGAUGUACUGUAUACUAUCACAAAUUCUGUGGGAUGCCAACAGCCAGGUGGACAGUUUGCUCAUUAUAAAGAUGAAAUGUUCAUCACGGCACAACGUGCGUUUGGUAUUUCGCCUGAUCGUCAUUACCGUUUGCUACAUGCUGCUUCUGAAGAAAAACCAAAGAUUAUUGUUUUAUCAGUGAUUGUUCAGGAAGCUGAGGGUCUUGAAGCGAAAGAUGCAAACGGCUUUAGUGAUCCUUACUGUAUGUUGGGAAUUAUGCCGAUAGGCUGUCAACAACCGCCGUUAUCGCCACAACCACCACUUACACCUCGUGUUUUACCCGACACAGGAAUGGACAGCUUAAGCCUUGAUUCACCCGAUAACAAAUUACGCAAACACAGUAGCUUCCGUUUAAGCUUUAAACGAAAGAGCCAACAUCGAGAUUCAAUGGGGCCAAUGCCAGCUAAAAUUAUAAAAGCAACGUCCGUUAAGCCACAUACGUUGUGCCCGAAGUGGAACGAAAAAUUUAAAUUUGAUGUUGAUGACAUUAACAAUGAACAGUUGCAUCUUGAUAUAUGGGAUCAUGAUGAUGAAAGUUGUGUAAUGGAUGCUGUUUCACGGUUAAAUGAAGUUAGAGGUGUACGAGGACUUGGAAGGUUUUUCAAACAAGUAUGCCAGUCAGCUCGGCAAGGAUCUCAAGAUGAUUUUUUGGGUAGCAUCAACAUUCCGAUUUCAGAAAUUCCAUCGACAGGAUUAGAAGGUUGGUUUAAGCUUGAAGGAAGAAGUCAUCGAAGCAACGUUCAAGGAAGAAUAAGACUCAAACUGUGGCUUUCGACAAGAGACGAUCAUGGUCAAUCAGAAGACGAUAUUCUCAUAGAAAUUCGUAAACUUGAACGUCUUUAUAUUGUAUUCAUGUCUCAUGAAAUUUCAACACACGAACCAAGUUGGAGUUGGGGUGGUGACAUACAAGGAUGUGCAUUGACAAUUCUCCAUCAGAUGUCAGUACAAGCUGACUUAUCAGAACUUCAAAUAGCAAUGUCACGAUUCGUUGCUGCAAUAACUCUCAACAAUAGAACACCAAUAGAUCCCAAGUUUAUCCAUAGAUUAAUGAUUGAAAUGGAUCGAUUUUGGGUACAAGCAUCAGUUGAACCAUUAGGUCAUGAAUUGGAGCAGUGGCUUGCGAAAUCAAUGACAAGGUUUGUUGAAGUAUCGUUGAAUCAAAUGCGUAGACAUCGUGAUAUAUUCCCAGCCCUUCAUCCUCCCUCGCUAGUUAGGUUAGAGUUUCUCUUAAGAUGUUUAGGCUUACUUGGAUCAAUGCGUGCUUUUCGUCAAGUUUGUCCCUUCAACAAAGGUGUUCGUGGUGAAAUCGUCACAUAUUUAAGAAAAGGUUCAGUUCUUUGGGCACAAAAUCAACUUCGUGAAUCUCAUCGAACGGAGAAUCCACUCGUUCAAUUCACAUCAACACUUCUUGCUGAUUUGCAAACUGGAUUAACUUAUUAUCAUCCCAUCUUUGAUAACACGAAUGGAGUUCAAUACUUUAGUAUUGUAUAUAAACAGUUCGACCAAAUGUUGGCAGAGGAAGUUUCAUUACGAAUGGAAAGCGGACAAAUUCCUGGGGCACCAUCCAAUCAAUAUGCGAUUCUUGAGGGUCGUGAACCUAUCGAUACACAACCUUUUGAACUUUACUUUGUUCUACAAGAAUUUUCUUAUCUAAGACAGCAUCUUUCAGUCACACCACAACCUCCUGAAAAACCAUUGGGAAUGCAAAAUUACCAUUUGUGGUUUGAUUCAAUCAUACAAUUAUGGAUUGCUGUAAGUAAAAACAAAGCUCUAAGUAGAGUUCGAACUGCUAUCACAAUGGAUGAAAUAUGUGAAGGGGAGAAAAUUGUCCGUCAUAGUACAUCAGCAGUUGACGCAGCAAGUUGUAUUUAUCAAAUAAAAGAGUUUUGGCGGUUACUAGCGUGGCCUGAUAACAACACGGGUGUUCAUUAUGAAGCUCAAUUAAUUGACUCAGCUGGUUCAGCUGCGCUCCAUUAUAGUGACUUAGUGCAACAAAGUCUCAUAGAUAGCGGCUAUUAUGAACAGCAGGGACCAUUUAAAAUAUCCGAUGAACUUUGCGUGUCGGUGAAUAAUUUAGAGUAUGUAAGGCGAGCAUUAUCGGAGUUUCGUUCGAACGAUCAGAAUCUAAAUCUGCAAAACAUUCGACUAAACAAUGAAAAUAUGUUGGAAAAUACGCUUGUGCAACUUGAAAGAACAACUGAAAGGAUUAUGAAUAAGAUAAGCCAAACAAUGCAGGCACCAUUGCAGAAAUCUGUUUUUCACUUGGCUUGGUCACCAGAUUCCCUCCCUGCAACUCAGGCUAUUGUUCCACUAUUGGAAUAUCUCGAUUUACAUCUUUCGGCUCUGAAUAGUGCCCUUUUGACCAAAAAUUUUCAUAGAGCGUUGCACAUCAUCUGGCUAUUAAUAUUGAAGGAACUUUCCGAUCAAAUGGACUCUGCUGGUGAAAAGCCUGCAAAUUUUCAUGACCGUUUGUAUGAAGCACUUCUAAUGUUAGUUGAAUUUAUUCAUGCUGAAGGUCUUGGCUUAACACAUGAUGCUAUAAAGAGCGACGAUUAUUGGCGUGUUGAGCAGCGUUUGCAAUAUCACAAAACUGAUACUGAACGCUUGAUUGACAUGUUUUACGUUCAACGACUCCAUGAACAGAUCCAAUUACAAAAUUCAAACGUCCCAGCUCAAUUUGGAAUAUUGUCAGUGCGAGCGUAUUUCAAUCACGAUUCAUUGUGUGUUGAAGUAUUGAGACCAGCCAAUGUAAUCCCAUUAGAUCCUAAUGGCUUUAGUGAUCCUUUUGUGAUUGUUGAACUUCUGCCUCGUCGUAUAUUUUCUCAUUGCAAUGAGCAACAAACCCACGUUCAUAAGAAAACUUUGAAUCCAGUGUUUGAUGAAUGUUUUGAAUUUGGAACGAUAACAUUGGAGCAAUGCACACAUGAAUUUGCAAUGAUUGGAUUUACUGUAAUGGACCAUGAUGUUAUUACGGCAAAUGAUUUUGCUGGUGAAGCUUUUCUUUCGUUAAACAAUAUUCCAGGAGUAGCUGAUAUUAAUUUGGGUGUUGACAACUUCCAUGGAUUAAAACCUAUAGAUUUAGUUUUAAUGCAGCAGAGAGAUAAACAUCAUCCGAUUCUGCAAAUACUCGAAACUCGCAUCCUCGAUAAACAAGCUUUGGAUUUUGUUCGAAAGCAAAAAGCUCGUGUUACGUCUUAAAUAAAAUAAAGGAGAAGAAUUAUUGUGACACAUAUAAAUAAAUUAAAAAUAUGUAGAUGUUUUGAAAAAAAAAAUUCAAAAAUUUUAGACUUAAUAUAUUUAUGCAUCAUCAUUAAAUUUACUAUAAUUAAAGAUUAUAAGUCAGUAUUCUUGUAUUCAAUAUUACAAUCUCUUUUAAUGAGGUAAAAGAAAAAAGUAAUUACCUAAGUGAAAGUUUUUGAUGAUGUAUUUAUUCCACGACAUAAAACUGUCGCCUCACUGAACCGAAAUCAAUUAUGAACUAAAACAAAUUUAAAAAACACAUAUUUAUUGUGCUUAUACAUAUAUUCAUGGAGAAAAACCAACAAAAAAAAUCGUCAAUCAAAAUAUUCUUAAACUA